AUGGAUGGAUCUGCAUUACAACAAUUAUAUACAUUUUGUAACAAUAAUUCAACUAUAGACUUCGAAUCUUUACAUAAACAAUUGAAGAAGAAAUCAAUCGAUGAUGAUCUAUCUCCAACUGAAUACACACGCUUUAUUAGUGAAAUGAAAAAAAUAUCUAUGGAUGUUCCACCUCCACCUCAUAUACGAUCAGGUGCCUGCACAAUAAGCUAA